UCAGAUUCCAAACGUGCAGUGAUAAAAGCUUUGAAAAACCCGGCAAAGACAAACUCUGUUUUCUCUCUCUCUCUGUAGAGUUUUUGUUGUUUCUCUCUCCCAAACAGAGAGAAGAAGAAGAAGAAGAAGAAAUGGCGACACUUUUGUGGGUUCACAUUGCAAUAGGACUUGUCUUCUUCACCAACAUGGGUCAUGCCAUAUAUGAGUUCAACAGAACCGAAGAAGAGCUCUCUUUUUUGGAAGCUUAUGAACAUGAAGCAGCAUCCUAUUCCUUAUCCUUUGUUGAGGGAAAUCCUCUGUUUGUAGGACUCACCCUUAUCCACAAUGCAGCUGUUAAAGGAGCAGUAUGUCUGGAUGGAACAUUACCAGGUUACCAUUUGCAUCGAGGAUAUGGAUCAGGUGCAAAUAGUUGGCUUGUUAAUUUAGAGGGAGGAGGAUGGUGUAACAAUGUUAGAACAUGCGUUUAUCGCAAGAAAACACGGCGUGGAUCAUCGUCAUUCAUGGAAAAGGAGAUACCAUUCACAGGAAUACUGAGCAAUAAAGCUGAACAAAAUCCAGAUUUUUUCAAUUGGAAUAGAGUAAAGCUUCGUUAUUGUGAUGGUGGCUCAUUUACUGGGGAUGGUGAAGAUCAGAUUGCAGAACUUCAAUUCAGAGGACAACGUAUUUGGGCAGCUGCAAUGGAAGAUUUGAUGUUAAAGGGAAUGCAUUUUGCUAAGCAGGCUCUUCUUUCCGGAUGUUCUGCAGGCGGCCUAGCGACUAUUAUACACUGCGAUGAAUUUCGAGGUCUCUUUCCAAGGACUACUAAAGUCAAAUGUCUAAGUGAUGCAGGCUUGUUUCUUGAUUCGAUUGAUAUAUCUGGCGAGCGUACCCUCAGGAAUAUGUACAAUGGUGUUGUAGGUUUGCAGGAUGCACAGAAGAAUCUACCACAAAUUUGUACUAAUCACCUUGAUCCUACCUCGUGCUUCUUUCCUCAGAAUUUGAUUAACAGUGUUAGAACUCCACUCUUUCUUCUUAAUGCUGCUUAUGAUUCAUGGCAGAUUCAAUCUAGUUUAGCUCCUCCAUCAGCAGAUCCCCAUGGAUAUUGGCAUGAUUGUAGAUUAAACCAUGCUAAAUGUAGUAGGCCACAAAUCCAAUUUCUGCAAGGAUUCAGGAAUCACAUGUUGAAUUCUGUUAAAGAUUUCUCAAGAUCAAAACAGAAUGGACUAUUUAUUAAUUCGUGUUUCGCGCACUGUCAAACUGAGAGACAGGAUACAUGGUUUUCAGACAAUUCUCCAGUUGUUGGGAACAAGGUAAUUGCUUUAGCUGUUGGAGACUGGUAUUUCGAUCGAGAAGGUGUUAAGGUUAUUGAUUGUCCUUAUCCUUGUGAUAAUACAUGUCACCAUCUGGUUUUCGGUUGAGCCAAAGUUCAUCCAUCAUCAUCAAUGGAGGAUUAUGCUAUUCAAUUAAGUUAACCAAUACCAUAAAAGAAAAAUUGGUUGCUGAAAAUUGCAAAAUUUGAUCUGUCAACAGGUGAUUUUGGCUAUUUGAGAAUGUUGGAGGCAAAGCCUCUUUGUUCUUUAACACUUAAAAUCAUAUGUAUUAUUCAGCUUAGGAGUGACUUAAUAUCUAUAGUUAGAUUGUUUCUAUUUAUAAUAUUUUAAAUUUAGUUUGAUUAUAAA